CAAAUUCCUUGAAUAUUUUCCAGAUAUUAUUGUAUUUCAAAUUCAGAUACUUGUUCCAGAUAUUAUUAUUUAGUGCCUUAUUAGCGAUGAUAGUAAAUACUGACUGAUCAAUAAGUUGCAAUAUGAAGGAAUCGAUUCAGGCUCGUUGUAUUAUAUGCCAGUUAUUAUUUUGCUGCCAAGACUGUCGGUGGAAACAUGAGAAGCUAAAACACGGCCUGACCUAUGAUUGCCCCAUUUGUCGAGGCAAUAGGUUUUUGUGUCGCAAAGAAGAACUAAAUUCGGAAUUUUUAAAACAUCUAUUGACCGAACACGCACCGCUCCAGUGUAGAAAGUGUAACAAAAUAUUUGAAUCGAUGGAAGACUUCAAUGAAAUCGAUGAAUGCACCAGCAUUUCAGAACUAAUAGACAAACCACUAAAACAGGAAGUCGAAGAAAGAUUCGAUUCAAUAUACGAUAAGAUCGUCGAUAAUGAUUGUGAUAACUUUGAAGCUAUUGUAUCAGUGAACAAUUCAACUAAAACAGCUGUCAUAACACCUAUCGUCCGCAAGAAGAAUAUAGUGGACUAUGAGUCUAGCGAUACAGAAAGUGAAAGCGAAUCUAAAAUUAAUAUUACAACGACACCGCAUCCCAAAAUGCUAGGUAAAACGCCUAAACUGAAGAAACAAAGGUGUGCUACUCCACAUGCAAAGAAAUUCCUGGGUUUGAUGAGGCAGCAGGUUGUGGAGGAAUAUGAGGAGGUAGAUGAUGAUGAAGUGUGCACUGAUUCACCAGAUUCCACUAGGCUUACUCCUGGGAGAACUGACGUCGAAGCAACAGAUUCAGAGAAGAUGACUACACCUAUUUCGAUGACCCCUCACGUGAUGAAGCUGGCUCAGAUAGUGACCACGAGCACACCAACACACCCACUUGCUGGCAACUGGAGCCUCUUUCCUGCUGUCGGUACAGAGUCACCACUCUCUGAGAUAGAAAACACAGAGAGCCCGGCUCAGAGUAUUGAUAAAGAGCAGCAAAAACCAGAAGAAUCUCAACCGAAGCUCAAAAGUAUAAUCGUAGCUGAUGGUAGAAGACUGGGAAGCCAGGACAGUACAGACAGACAAGUGACUUUCCAGGAUAGUGAUAAUAAUACAGAAACUUCAGCUAAGAUCAAGAAGGUCACAUUCGCCGAUGAUACAAAGUUCGGACAGGAGUGCAAAGUAAAAAGAGUGUUCCGUAAACCAAAGCGGAUGUUAACACCUGGACCACAAAAAAGGUUCAACAACAACCCACGCUUCCAAGCCCUUAUAAAUCGCUUCGAACACCAAGCCAAGACCCUCGCUCGGACCCCCAUCAAUAAAGAACUAAAGGAGCCGAAAGAGAGUUUAGAGAACACCCCACCGACGGGCGAGCACAAUAUACCCGCACGCGCCAUAAACUUUAAAGAAGAAAGUCCAAUUAUAGAAACAGAUCGGAGCGAGAACACAAAGGAUUCCAAUGAAUUAUUCAGGACGUGUGUCAAUUCCCCGGAUCAGCCGAUGAACACUGCAAUAACAGCGCUCACCGCGAAUAUUGCCGGCUCGCUGCAAACGUGUCUCAGUUCCGUUUUACGGACGACAGACGAGGAAACAGAGAUACAGUUUAAGUUCACGAUAACUAAGAAGAAGGUGAGCGUGAAGAGAGUGGCCACCGAAGGCUUUGAGGAGAGAUUGAAGGAGAUAGAACAGCAGGAGAAUCCGAAUAAGGAUAAUAUAUGGUCGACUGUUGCUAAAGUAGUAAAAAACGUAUUUUGGGGCGGACAAGAUCCAUCAACACCGUACAGUUUCGACUACUCCCACGACUCCUCGUCAUCGUCCAAACGCAAGUUUGAUGAAGUGGGCUCACCUAGUCCCCUCAACCACAAGCGACAUAAGUACGAGGGGAGAAUCCGUGGUAGACCACCGCUUCACAGCCGCUGCGGAGGAAGCUGGUCACAUAACGUUGUGGAGAGAAAUGAAGAUCCGAUGAACUUGAGUUUUUGAGAAAAAAUAAUAAGUUUAGAGAACAGUAGGCUGAAUAAAGGGAAUAGCCGCUAUGUGGGGACGUUAUUCAUUAAUGUACUUCUUUAGGUCGAUUUAAAUGUACACAAGUGGAAGCGUGUUAACCAAGUUCCAGAUCGUAUAGCAAUUAUAAUUAUUACAUUCAAGUAUGUGCAAUGAUUUUAAUCACGCAGUUCACAAUAGUUGUGAAUCAAUAAGGAUUUUCCGAAGAAGCCAGAAACUUUUUUGAGAUUGGAACCGUUUCAAAUUCAAUACCAAAUUUUAGUAAUAUUACAU